CAUCAACAAAGUGAGAGUGGAGAAGGUGUUGAAGUGGUAAAGAACGAGGCUUGCGAGCAUCCCGUACAUGGAAAUGGACAAUAUACUGAAAAGAAGAUUCAUUUGUUUGGGUCAGUGAUGGUGCUUGUCUUUCAGACAUUAUAGAGGCAGGGGCAUACAGUGCUGUAGGAAGCUCUUUUUGAUUGGGAGGGGGGCCUAAAACCAAGGGCCAAAUACCUAAGGAAAUUUUUAAAUGCCAUUUCCUGGACUUUGGGGAAGAUUUGACAGAAUUCUGUUGGUGAGAAAACAGCGUUUUAGUAUGCCGAAAUUUACAAUUUUAUUAGCAUUUUUGUAUGUCGAAAUUUACAAUUUGCAUACAAUUUAGUAGUACGAAAUGGGCGAAGGCGUAUUUAAUUAUCUAUAUAUUGGAUAAGUUGCAGGAAAGUAUGGGUAAUAUCUUCAUUCUUUGCAGUUUGGCAUGGAUAAUGUAGCUGCUUAAAAUUAAUCAAUUGUCAUUAUUUUAAAGGUAUAUUAUUUAAAUAAGAAAAGAAUGAUUAUUAGCAAAUUAUCGGGGCUACUCGUUUGCUACGGCCCUGGCAUAGUGAGUCUAUCAUAAUUGAUAAUGAGAUCUAGCAGAGGGGUGCAGGCCCUACUUUUGCAGACAAAAUGGGUGUGCUUUUAUGUAGUUGGGGCAUGGUUAAUGCAGAUCUGAAAUUUAAAUUUUUAAGUAUGCCGAUUACUGGCCGGGGGUGUAUGCGUCCCCCUCACUAUGCCCCCUCUCUCAACCAUAACAUUGUUCAUUACGAUGUUUGUGAUGUUACUCUGUAUGUCCAAACCGGACAAGCUUGAAAAAUAUGCCUGGCCACGGUGAGAAUCGAACCUAUGACUUUUGGAAUACUAGCCCAAUUGGAACCUUUGGAAUAUUCCCACCGACCUUUGGAAUUUUUCCACUGUGGCCAGGCAUAUUUUUCAAGCUUGCCUGGUGUGGAUAUACACUCAGAGUAACAUCACAAACACAUUCACCUGAGUACAUAACACAACACAUUACUUCAUUUUCAGACGAUUGCCUUCAUGGAUUAAAGCUUGCAUACCAAGAGUAUUUUAUGUAGAAGAAAAAGCAUGGAAUUUUUAUCCCUACACAAUUACUGGUAGGAAAAAGUUUGACCAAGAAAAGUUAAAUCUUUAGUGGAAUAUUGCUUAAUAAAUUUGUCAACUUAUUGCAUUCUCUUUCCUUUUAUGUAAUGCUGCUUGUUGGGUCCUCAGACUACACAGUAAGUAAUUAACUGAUCCGAGUUAGCAUUAUUGAUUAAUCUUCAUAUUUGACAGAAACGGACACCAGAAUUGAAAUUCUCACGCUCGAAUUAGUCUAUACCAAAACGUCAUGACGUUUGGACAUUCGGCGCACAAGUUACUGCAUUUUGAAACUUCGUUUUUCCUAUAUGCAUAAUUGACCGCAUUCAUUUAUUGUGGCAGUGAAAAUGUAUAUUUCAUAUUUCAUUUUGCAUAUUUUGGGUUUGUGUGUGUGUCAGUUUGUAUGUGUGUGUGUCUGUUAGCACGAUAACAUAUUAGUACAAAAAAAUAUUGAACAUGUUUAAUAGUACGAAACUUUAUGAGGCUAAUAGUAAUAGACCAUGGACAAGUUGAUUAAAUUUUGGUUCAAUUUGGACAAAAAGUGAAUGAGAAAUUGACAAGGGUGGGUAGUAGCGAAGUAGUUGUAGUUCGCUACUGUAGCGAACUACAAUUUUCAAGUAGCCAGUAGUUUUUGACUACUUUUUUAAAACAGUAGCUGUAGUUACAGUGAACUACACUACGGCGAAUCACUAUUCGUACGGCGAAUCGCUAUUCGCUACUUUUUAAAAUUGUUAGCAACUUGAUAGAAUAGCGUGAUAUUGAGACACGGUCUGCUUAAAAUCAAUACUCAAUAGUCAAUUUGCACUCCUGAACACUGUAGUGCUUACAAAAUGUUGCUUUGUGUUUACUGUUGUCUUUUGCUACUCGUAAGUCGAUUUGUUAUAGGUUACAUUACAGCCCGAGUUAAUAGUAGAUGCUCCAAAUACAGUAAAACUAAAAAAUAUAGAUUAGCGAAAUAGCGAAAUAGUUCGCUACAUUUUUUAAGCAGUAGCUGUAGUCAGUAGCGAACUACCUUUCUUCAAAAGUAGCAGUAGUUGUAGCUGACUACAUAUUUUUGAAGUAGCUGUAGUUAUAGCGAACUACAAAAAUUUUGUAGUCAACCCACCUUUGGAAAUUGACAAACAUUUGUUUUGUUCUGCCGGGCAGAGAAAACUGUAUGCGUAAUUAGCCCACUGUAUAAUUUAUGCAUGAUGCAUCACAUAAUGAUGUACAUCAUUGAUGCAGACCCAAGUGCCCCUCCUGGGACUGGCUAAACGGAGAGUUAUGAAGUGGAGAGUUAUCUCGGAGAGUUAUGAUUUCGGAGAGUUAUGUUCGAACCACGCCCACUUUUCCCAACGACCACACCCAAUUUCUUAACUCUCCCGACGUUUCCUUGAACUAACAUGAGGGAGUUAUGUUUGACGUAAUUCUCUCUUGUUAACAUUAUAAAUAUGUAAGAGAGUUAUUUUUUAUAACUCUCCGCGUUCAUGAUUGUGGCAAUGAAGACAGUCAAGUCAGUUUUUUGAAAAAAACUUCCACAUAUUAGUAAAUUUUUGCAAAUUUACUUUUUUCUCAAGUGUCAGCUUUAACAUUUCACGCUAGUAGAAACUAAUAGUACUUUAGUACUUACGAAAUUCAUCUAUAUGUAAAUGUUUAUAUAAAUAUACAUGCUCACUUCGAUUAUCUAGCAAGACCAGCAUUCAGAUACAUAUUAGAUAGAACCAGAAAAUCUUUCCAAUGUAAUGCCCUAUUGGCUGAUCUGGGAAAGUAUUUCCAAAACCUGAAUUGCUGAAAGAUCCAAUAUUCUUAAUUUUCUUGCAGCUAUGCUUGCCGUAUUUACUGCCAAAUACACGUCAAUACAUGCUUCUGGAGGUACUUUGACCCUUUUGAUGCAAGUAUCUCAUUGUUUUGACCGAGUCAAGUUGUAUUUCCUGUUUGGACGCACGCUAUUGGCACGCUAGAAACUAAAAUACCAAAAUAUAACGGAAAAUCUGAAGAAACAAGCUUUACUAAGGUUUUCUCAAAAAACUGACUUAACGCUAUUCAUUGCCAUAAUCGUGAACGCGGGAGAGUUAUAAAAAAUGAUAACUCUCUAACAUCUUCAUAAUGUUAACGAGAGAGAGUUACGUCAAACAAAACUCUCUCAUGUUAGUUCAAGGAAACGUCGGGAGAGUUAAGUAAUUGGGUGUGGUCGUUGGGAAAAGUGGGCGUGGUUUGGACAUAACUCUCCGAAAUCAUAACUCUCCGAGAUAACUCUCCGGUUGGUAACUCUCCCUUUAGUCGUACCCCCAGCAUAGUUAAUCUCUACUGUAGUUACAUGAUACUAUUAACCUUGCUCGUUAGAUUUUUUAAUCAUGUGGCUUUCUUUCUAUCGUAGUGUUCCUUCGUUCCACGGUUUUCUAUUCACAUUGAAACUGUGUACGAAAAUAACAACGGAUCUUCUCAAAAUGUUAGUAGUUUAAUUUCUUUCAUCUAUUCACGAUUUAUGAAUAUGUAUUCUCACCUAUGAUUCUCACACUAAAGCCCUGGUCAAACAUGGAUGAGAGUUGAUGAAAGUUGCAACUCUGAGCUGGUUCAAAUUUUGAUAAGAGAUUUUGCUCUUUUGAUCAAUAUCCAAGGCAGUCAACUCUCAUGCAACUCUUGUUCUCGUUUGACCCGUGUCACGAGAGUUGAGAAAACUCUCAUGUAAACUCUCGCUUCUCAACUCUCAUGCAACUCUUGUUCUCGUUUGACCAGGGCAUGAGAGUUGAGAAAACUAGCUCUUAUGCAAACUCUCGCUUCUCAACUCUCAUGCAACUCUUGUUCUCGUUUGACCAGGGCAUGGGAGUUGAGAAAACUAGCUCUUGUGCAAACUCUCGCUUCUCAACUCUCAACUCUCAUUCGUGUUUGACCAACACUGAAUGAUCAUGCAUCGUUUUGCUUUUUUAGCCUUUCAAAUCAAGUUCGGAAACGCCCGAAGUUCACGAUGUAGAUUUUGUAGAUAUUGCUUACGAUGAAUAUCCAGAAAAGCACUAUGUGAAAGAGGAGGUAUUUCAAUAUAUACGUUGAAAUUUUUGAAAGGUUUGACACAAGUAAAAAUUAGCUUAAAAAUUUUUGGUUUGACAGCAGAGAAAUAACCACGUACUUAAGUUUGCUUUUCGUAUAACCGUUUUCACGGCAGGCUACAUUUAGUUGCCAAAUCGGCUUUACGUGAAAUUGGGAGUGGCUUUUUCAAACUAUUUUUGCAUUUUAUAGGAUUGUAGGUAUUUUAAAUCAAAGAAAACGAAUAGAGGUCCGUUGGCAGAGGGCUGGAGGGUAAGUUACGUUAAGAAGAUUAUCUUACGUUAAGAAAUAUCGUGAUUGAUAUUUUAUGAUGUGUUUAGGAUUCGGCAAAACCCAUCAUGUGUUCGUAUAAACUGGUCACUGUUUCUUUUGAAGUCUGGGGAUUACAAUCGAGAGUUGAAAGUUUCGUUCACAAAGUAAGUAUAGGAUGUGAAUUGCGAAGAUCGUUAAAAUUGUCGACAGGAUAAUCGCUCUUGAAGAUGCUCUUAGUGAUGUUGGUAAUUUAGAAAGACAUUCACCUUGCAUUUUGGCACAAUUUUUUUUCUGAACUCGGAUGGGUUAUUUAACUGUUGUACUCUUUAAAGCGUGGUUCACAUUAGCAAUUCUGUUACUGAAUGAUGCAAAUGCAUGAGUGAACUCGCACACCGGUAUAGAGUCGCUUUUCAGAAGUGAACAAUUCUAAGUCGUAGUUGCAUGUCAUUCAUUUCAUCACAUUUGCCAGGAGGAGAAAAAUCGCCGAACAGAAUUGCUAGUGUGAAACUGUGUGAACCAUGCUUCAGUGAAAUAUAUUAUCCUAUAUAUAUUAAUCUUUAGGGCAUUCGAGAUGUUCUCUUAGUUGGUCAUCGGCAAGCAUUUUCCUGGAUUGAUGAAUGGUGGGGUAAGGGUAAUGUUUCUUUUACACACAGCUAGUGUAUGGCUUCCCUUUGGGAAGCUAUUGGUCAAGAUGCGAUAAUUCAAGAUUAUUAGUCGUACCUGACUGGUACUCCAAUCAUUAUUGCCGCGUGCUUGCUCUAGUACAAACUCAGUACUCAAUGUCUACUUCACAACUUAAAACUGAUAUUUCCUGCUCUCGCAUAGAUAUGGAAAUAAAAGACGUGCGAGAAUUCGAGAAAGUUCAACACCAAGAGACGAAUGAAAAAGUCGUUGGGGCUGGUCCCCAGGACAGCUCGGAAUCCACGCCACCACUUGCUACUAGGCAACAUUCGUCUCCAAACUAAAUCAUAUUUUGGGUAGUAAAAUAGUUUUAUCAAAUAUUAACUCGAGAAUUUUAUAUGCAGUGGUUUUAAUAACACCACCAUCUUAUAAAGUUUUUAAAUAUUAAGUCGACUGCUAUACCAAUACUGGACGGCGUUGUUGUUCUAACUGAAUAUAUUGUUAUGGUCCUUCUUCUUUGCUGAAUUCAAUAUGCGGUGAACUAUACGUACGACGCCCGACUAAAAAAGCAGUCAAUUUAUGCUAUAAACAUUUUAAAUGUAUUUUUUCACGUUUAACUUGUGUGCGAUUAUAGUGUAAUAUUUGUAAAUAUAUACUUUUACAAAAUGACAAUACAUGAUUUUAUCUCAUGUUCUU